AUGGUAGUGGCUGACUUUGGGUCGCAUACUAUUCGCAAAUCUACAUCAAACGUAAGUAACCCGACUCAUGAGGCACCGGAAGUACGUGGGGGUGAGUCAAAUGGUCCCAAGAGUGAUGUUUACAGUCUGGCCAUAACUACAGAAGAGAUAUUUAGCUUUAAUGUGGACGACUUAUUGGAAAGUAGUCACAGAAAUAUGUUAAACUACGAAAACCCGACUGUCAGACCCUCGUGUAGUCAAUGUGCUAGAUGA